AUGGGUGACGUUAUUGGUACAAAAGUUGCUAUUCCUGGAGCAUCAGGGGCUGGUAUAAUUAGAUAUGUUGGUCAAAUCCAAGGAAAAAUAGGUACAUUUGCCGGAGUCGAACUUUUGGGGACAUUGGCAACCACGCGAGGGAAAAAUUCAGGGUCAGUAGACGGCAUCCAGUAUUUUCAAGUGGAAAUACCCAAGAGCGGGCUUUUUCUUCCCUACGAAAGAUUGAAAUCUGUGAAUCCCAUUUUGGCAAAUACCGGAUUAUCUUCCAAAGCGCCAUUGACACCUGCAAAUAAUAGAACAUACCAGAAUGUCAGGAAUAGCAUGAUUAACGAAAACCUUGCAAAGUCUGAAGAUCUUACCAUAAAGUAUGAAUCAGAAAUAGCCGAGUUACAAAGAGCGCUAAGAGAAAAGGAGAAGCGGUUGGAAAAUUUUAACAACCAGCGAGAGGAAUGGCGUGCUGCAAUGGACGAACUAGUGGCCGUACAACAAGAAGGGAUUCAAGUGUACGAAGAUAGAAUAGAAGAAUUGGAAAACGAAAACAAAGUUCAGCAGGAAAAGCUCGAUAAUGCCAAUGCUUCGGUUACGGCGGCAAACUCCAAAAUCAAGGAACUCGAACAAACCAUAGAAAACUUGUUGAGUGAAAAAGUAAAUGAUGUCCAAAUCAGUGAUACCCGUAAAGAAAUUGAAAAGUUGAAACAUGAACUAGAAUCAAGACCGCGAUUAGCAGACCUCGAGGAGUUGCAAAAUUCGUUGGACGAGCUAGAGUCUAUAUAUCAAGAACGAUUGAAUGAAAAGGAUGCUAUUAUUACCAAGCUUCAGGUGGAAAGGGAUCAUCUAUCCCAUGAAUUAUAUAGCACGCCCGUGGUUCAACAGAGCACAGCCGACGAUUCGCCCCAGGAAUUACCUAUUUAUAAAGCCGCAAAACCAACUGACCCUAGCCAAGGCAAAAAUGAUUGGUGCGGAUUGUGUGAAAGAGAUGGCCAUAGCAGUAUUAAUUGUCCAUAUGAAAAUGAUAUAUUUUAA